AUGCUUGGGUGCCUCGAGAUGGACGUUCAGACCUGCAUUGAGAAAUACAUUGAGGUCAUGGAUUACGUCUUUGACAAUCCUACGCCUGUAAUGCCUGUAAACAUCUUCAGCCGAGAGCUCACUCCCAAAUAUCAACAGUCAAGGCUGAGAGAGCGUAUACUGAGUGUGAUCGGGGAUUCGCGUGUCACCCAAGGCAUGCCACCAGAGACCGUACGCAUGAGGAGGGCAGGCAUACCGUCUCACUGCAAAGUCUUCGUUGUUGCCACGGACGCCAACACCAGUGACGACGUCCAAUUCACCAACUACGCCCGGCCAUUCGAGCAGCAGUCCAACUACUUCGACCAGGUGACAUUGUGCGAAGCAGCUCUUGCGUCCACAGCCGCGCUUUCUUUUUUCGAGCCCAUGAAGAUUUCCCACGGUGGCAUCAGCCGCACAUUCCUCGACGGCGGCUUUUACCAAAACAACCCCGUCUCAAUCCUAUGGCGCGAAGCCCUUGUGCAAUUCAAUCUCACCGACGCCGAGCUUCCCCAACGCAUCCGCUGCAUUCUCUCCAUCGGCACUGGGAAAAUGGGCCCCAAAGCCCUCAAUGGCACAGUCAAGCACGUCGCGAAGAGGUUCAUCGAGCUCGUUACGCGAACGGAUGAUACCGCAAAAGAGUUUCUUCGAGCUCACCAGGAUCUAGCGACGAUCCACCGGUACAUGCGCUUCGAUCCUCAGUACAUGGAGGAUAUUGGGUUGGCGGACGCAAAGAAGAAGGAUAGAGUUGCAGAGCUGUCGGCAUACUAUGGCAACAACCCGGAUCACCAGACGAGGUUGUUGCAGUCCCAGGAAGCGGCAGGAUCAGAGCAGAGUACGUCAUACUUGGAGCAUGAGGAGCAAGUGAACUUUGCCUAG